UAUGACGUGACCUACUCCGAGUCUCCGGCUGCCAACAGCAGCUGAUGCUGUUUCGGUGUUGCAAGUCCUGGAUUUCAAAUAAAACUUCUAGCACAAAUUAUUUGUGCUAUUGAUUACUUUAUAGAAACAGAAUGACUACGCUCUCUCGAAUUUUACCUUCAGCAAGAGGGCUUCUUCACAAAGUGUCAGUCAAUAACGUGGCUGUUACUGCUGUAGCUGUUCGACACAACACAACAAAGACCUAUGGAAAUUUGAGUGAUGAAGAUCGUAUCUUCACAAAUCUUUAUGGUCGUCAUGAGUGGCGCCUGAAAGGAGCUCUGGCCCGAGGAGACUGGUACAAGACCAAGGAGAUUCUACUGAAGGGAGUUGAUUGGAUUCUCAAUGAAGUUAAAACGUCAGGUCUUCGAGGCAGAGGUGGUGCUGGUUUUCCUACUGGUAUGAAGUGGAGCUUCAUGAAUAAACCUUCGGAUGGCCGUCCCAAGUACCUGGUUGUGAAUGCUGAUGAGGGCGAGCCUGGCACAUGCAAAGACCGUGAAAUCAUGCGUCACGACCCACACAAGUUGGUGGAGGGAUGCCUGGUGGCGGGACGCGCCAUGGGGGCUCGGGCGGCCUACAUCUACAUCAGGGGGGAGUUCUACAAUGAAGCCAGCAACAUGCAGGUCGCCAUCAAUGAGGCGUACAAAGCUGGCUUGAUAGGCAAGAACGCGUGCGGGUCAGGCUACGACUUCGACGUGUUCAUGCACCGCGGUGCAGGCGCUUACAUCUGCGGCGAGGAGACGGCGCUCAUCGAGUCUCUGGAGGGCAAGCAAGGCAAGCCUCGCCUCAAGCCUCCUUUCCCUGCUGACGUCGGCGUCUUCGGCUGCCCCACCACCGUCGCCAAUGUUGAAACUGUUGCUGUUGCGCCUACAAUUUGUCGGCGAGGCGGCGCGUGGUUCGCCUCGUUUGGUCGCACUCGUAACUCGGGCACGAAACUCUUCAACAUUUCUGGACACGUGAACAACCCGUGCACCGUCGAGGAGGAGAUGAGUGUGCCCUUGAGGGAGCUAAUCGAGAGGCACGCUGGCGGCAUCGUCGGCGGCUGGGACAACCUUCUUGCCGUCAUUCCUGGAGGCUCCUCCACUCCCCUCAUCCCUAAGAAUGUGUGCGAGGAGGCGAUCAUGGACUUCGACGGGCUUGUAGCGGUGCAGAGCGGCCUGGGCACGGCGGCCCUCAUCGUCAUGAACAAACAGACUGACGUUAUCAAAGCCAUCGCCCGCCUCAUGGAGUUCUACAAGCACGAGUCCUGCGGCCAGUGCACGCCCUGCCGCGAGGGCGUCGGCUGGAUGUACAAGAUCCUCACCCGUUUCGUGAAAGGUGACGCGCAGCCUGACGAGAUCGAUGCGUUGUGGGAGGUGUCAAAGCAAGUGGAGGGCCACACGAUCUGCGCGCUGGGGGACGGCGCCGCGUGGCCGGCACAAGGGCUUAUUCGCCACUUCAGGCCUGUCAUCGAGCAGAGGAUUGCUGACAGAGACGCAGCAAAAGCCGCUGCUGCUAAUUAAUCUAGUGUUCUUCAUGUUCAUAUAGGUUGUGGAACCGUAAAAACAUUUCAGCUGGUGAUAAAAAGUCGCGAAAAUUAUUUUUAAGUCAUUAGCUGACACAGGUUUAUUAUUCGUUAUUUGCUGCUGAUAUUGAUCAAUACCGACCAGCAACCAUGACGUCAGCACGUAAUCAAGAACUAACUAAAUUUGACGUUUUAUUAUUUAUCAAUAGUAGGGAUCAAAAUUAUCGAGGGAAAAUUACGUAUAAUCUUAGAGCUGCAGAAACGUUUAAAUUGAUUGAGACUAUCAAUCUGCAGACGCAGACUGAUACACUACUUGUUGAUAAAAUCGUGAAUACUUAAUGCUUAUCUUAGAAUGAAUAGAAAACCCUGAACUGUGUGAGCUUAGUUAACAUAAAAGACACGAGUCAGGUUUUGUUUUUAUGAGCUUUGUUACAGGUUACAUGAAAUUUAAUUUUGGUUUUCGAUAUGAAGUUAUUUGAGGAAUUCAAAGCAAACCAGUUGAAACGUUGUGACUAGAUAAUUUAUGUUGAAUGAAGAGAAUACAUUUUUAAAAUUAGGUUUAAUUUUUUUCUAACAAUAUCGUAAACAAUGUCAAUACAUUAAGCAAAAUCCAAAAAAAAAUUUAGUUAAAUGUUAUGUCUCAAAUUGAGAACUUCUGGCGGACAUGGUGUUUAUCUCCCUCAGUGUACAUAAAUAUUCAAAUAAAUCUAAAAAUAAU